AGAGAAGCUACAAAAAUACAAUUGGAAAAUAUAUAGAUAAAUAAAACAUAAAAAGAAACAACUACUGGACAGGGAAAAUACAGAAUAACAUUACGGCUUUUAGAUAAUGCCUAAUAAAUGCAGCAUUUGUCGCUGGUAAAGGCUUUUAAGAAAUUUGAAACUAUUUGCCGUUUAAGCUUUUGGUUUGUUUUGGAUUGAGUUUUUUUAACCCCUCCCAGGAACAACAGUCUAUUAUUUCUUUAAACCACUUAACUUUCUUAAAAUGGUAUUGUGAGAGAUAAUAGAGGAUUAAAAAAAAAAAUUAUAUUUAUUGUAGCGCCGGCCAAUCAAAGAUCUCCCCCGCCCUCACCUGUGCAAAGCCACGCCCACAUGCAAACCCCAAGCGCAUAACAGCGCUGCAUUCUAUAUUCUCAAAACGUGCGAGCGGUUUAUUCGGACGUCAAUGUAAAGAUCAGAUGCCUCAGUGACCAAAUGCUGUCUGAAACGAGUUGUUGUUGCAUUUACAAGCCUGAAGUGAAAAGUAACUUUAUCCAUACUCCCUGGAACCUCAGGCUUCAUAUUUCUGCGAUAUAGCAUCUAAGAAUCGACAGUUUGAAUGUCCAGGUUGUGUUGCAGGUCUUUGUAUAGACUGAAAUGGAGAAGAAAGACUUGAAUGAGUGGCCCGAGGGCGAUUCACGGCCACCUUGCCUCUCUGCUUCCAAAUGUAUAACGUUAGCCGCAAUACUCAUUCUUCUCAUCAUUGGGGCUGCUGUGGGUUUUAUGACAGCCUACUUAAUACAAGAGGAACAUUAUUUCAUGGAGACAGUGGAAUUGCAAGGACUCGGUUAUGAUUCAGACCUGCUAGAUAAAACAUCAGGUUUCUCUGUAGUUCUGACCUCGACUCUGAAAACUAAAAUCAAGAAUAUCUUUACAGCCUCUGCAGUGGCAAAUCAUUUUACUGACUGUCAGAUAGUUGCCUAUGGGAAUAUCAACUCAAACGUGAUGGCCACUUUUCGUUUGGUCUUCCGGGUUUCUCAAGUCCAGGGCUACACGGAGCACUUCGUUCAAGACCUCCUUCGCACUGGAUUUAAGGCCAUGUUGAACGGGAAACCUAUCAUUGUCCCAGAAUACGGAGAGAUCAAUAGCAUCAUCCUUCUUGGGGCAAGUGGAAAGUCAUUCUAUGAGAUUGGCAAUGACAUAAGUAAAUGUCCUGAAAACACGUUCACUUGUGACAGUGGCGAAUGUAUCACAAAGCCAAAUCCAGAAUGCGACUUUAUAACCGACUGUGUUGAUGGUUCAGAUGAAGCCUUUUGCUCCUGUGGAACACGUCCCGCCAUGGCUAACCGUGUUGUGGGUGGUGAAAACACCCGUCACGGGGAGCUACCCUGGCAGGUCAGUCUCAGACUACGUGGCCGGCAUACAUGUGGUGCCUCCAUCGUCAACAAUCGCUGGCUUGUCAGUGCCGCUCAUUGUUUUGAAACAGAAAACAACCCAAAAGAUUGGACGGCUCUAGUGGGAGCCAAUCUAGUCAGUGGGGUGGAGGGAGAAGCCACCAUAGUAAACAUCAAGUCCCUGGUCGUCUCUCCGGUCUAUGAUCCCGUGACCACUGACAGUGAUGUGACCGUACUGGAGUUGGAAACGCCCUUGACGUUUAGUCAUUAUGUUCAGCCAAUCUGUAUCCCAUCAUCCUCUCACAUUUUCAGUCCCGGGCAGAACUGCAUCGUCUCUGGUUGGGGAGCUCUUACUCAGUACACCAGUGAGGUGCCUUCUACAUUACAGAAGGCAAUCGUGAAGAUCAUUGACUCCAAAGUCUGCAACAAGACAUCUGUAUACAGAGGUGCACUCACCCAAAAUAUGAUGUGUGCUGGUUUUCUUCAAGGAAAGGUGGACUCUUGUCAGGGAGACUCUGGGGGCCCUCUGGUAUGUGAGGUGGCCCCUGGGCGCUUUUUCCUCGCGGGCGUGGUGAGUUGGGGAGUGGGAUGUGCACAGAUCAACAAGCCUGGGGUUUAUUCCCGCGUCACCAAACUCCGCAACUGGAUUCUGGGCUACACCAAAAACACACCUACAGUCCAAGUCGCCCCCACUGACCCAAGUGUCACAACCACUGCGGUUCACCUUGUUAAAGCUAUGAACAGAUCCUCUGAGCUUGCUAGUGAUGUAAAUAAUCCUGCGUCUGGGAACUGCAGUGGUAAUUAUAACUGUGGCGGAGACAAGUGCAUCAGCAAGAUAAACCCAGAAUGUGACAGAGUCGUUGACUGCCCCAAUGCGGUUGAUGAGAAAAACUGUGACUGUGGGAGUCGUCCAGCCGUGGGACAAGGGAGGAUUAUCGGUGGCGUCUCUGCCCGUAGAGGUGAAUGGCCAUGGGUGGGCAGUCUGCAGUACCAACGCACUCACCGCUGUGGAGCUACGCUCAUCCACUGCAAAUGGCUCCUGACUGCUGCUCACUGCUUCAGAGGUGAGCUGAAUACUGCUGGUUGGGCAGUAAGUCUUGGGUCAGUCAUUUGGUCUGGAGUGGGAGCUCUGGUUAUUCCAGCGCAAAGGAUCAUCUCUCAUCCUGCUUUCAAUAGCAGCACCAUGGACUUUGACGUGGCAUUGGUGGAGCUCUCCAUCCCCGCCCCCAAGUCCUACACCAUCCAGACUGUGUGUUUGCCCUCUCCCUGGCAUAGUUUCAUCAAAACUGUGGAAUGCUACAUCAUUGGAUGGGGCGCUGUAAAGGAGGACGGUAUGAUAACCAAUUUGCUGCAAAAAGCACAGGUUAGUGUCUUUGAUCGGCGGGACUGCCAGCGAGCUUAUGGGGGCGGAUUUACCGACAACAUGAUGUGUGCUGGCUCUGUGGAGGGGAACAGGGACACAUGUUUGGGAGACUCAGGGGGCCCUCUGGUGUGCCGGGAACCCCAGGGCCGUUGGUUCCUGGCCGGGGUGACCAGCUGGGGUUACGGCUGUGGUCGAAUUGGCUUCCCCGGAGUUUACAUGCAGGUCACGUCAAUCAGAGAAUGGAUAUCUAUAUACCUCCCUUUUUAAAAAUAUGAUCCAGAAAUGUCCUCCACUAAUUGUCUCACAACUGAAGAUGCAUGAAACUCAAAAGGAUGACUUUCAAUCUACUGUCAAAAUAUUUAUUUUAUUUAACAUUGCAUUCUGGUGUACGAUGCACUAGCCCUUGAAAUGCGUUUAGGAAUAAAAACCAUAAGGUCUCCAUGAAAUCUGCAGAUUUGUAUGCAAUUCUGCCCUGAUUUUGGGGGGGAAAAGCUCCAAUUCAGCAGGUUGCAGAUCCCGUGUGGGCCUAAGCAUAACCAAAAUGGCUUAGGAAUAUGUACAAAUAAUGAUCAAUGAGAAGUGGUUGUCACUUCAGAUGGAAGACAAUCAAAUAUGGCAACAUUUGCUUGCCUUAAGUUUUCCCCCUUCUCAUUUCACCAGCAGAAUUUAUAUUCCUGUAAUGGAAAAUGUGGGAAUAAUAUCAGAAAAUAUGGGAAAUUUGAAACUUUGAAAUGUUUUGCAAGCACAUGGUCCCGUUGAACAUAAGUGUAUUCUUGUGUUACUAAGACUUCAGUACAAAACUCUGUGCCAUUAAACAUGAUUAUUUUCAACUGUUGUUCCGCCAUGGCAGUCCUUGACCAGGCUGUUGUGAAAAUGACGAAAUGAGAAAGCAAAAUCUAAGUUCAUGUACUUGAUUAGUAUUAGUGUUUCAGGCCUAAUUUGUACAAAUGGUGCUACAUCUCUUAUUCUGAUAUUUCAUCAUUGCAACAAAAACAUCAAUAAAAUCUGACUGACUUGAUGGUA